UCUGCUGGUGGGUCCCUCCACUCCUCCUACAGAUCGCGGCAUGGCGAGCACGGAGGCCAGGAGGGAGUGUGAAACAGACGGCUGCAGCAGGGACGCCAAACUUCAGUGUCCUACCUGUAUCAAGCUCGGUAUUCAAGGCUCGUAUUUCUGUUCACAGGAAUGUUUUAAAGGAAGCUGGGCGUCCCACAAGUUGCUACACAAAAAAGCAAAGGAAGACCAGCACCAGAAUGAAUCUAAGAACUGUGUGGAAAAGGAGGUCAAUACAGACCCAUGGCCGGGUUAUCGCUACACAGGAAAACUACACCCUUACUACCCACUUACUCCCUUGCGGCCUGUCCCAGGUAACAUCCAAAGACCUGACUACGCUGAUCAUCCUAGAGGGAUGUCUGAGUCCGAGCAGUUCUUGAAGGGAACGUCGCAGAUCAAAAUCCUGUCUCCUGAGGACAUCGAAGGGAUGAGGGUGGUGUGCAAGCUGGCGCGAGAAGUCCUGGACAUCGCAGCCUUGAUGGUGAAACCGGGGGUCACGACAGAAGAGAUCGACCACGCUGUGCAUCUGGCCUGCAUAGCAAGAAAUUGCUACCCCUCUCCUCUUAACUACUACAACUUUCCCAAAUCCUGCUGCACGUCUGUCAAUGAAGUCAUCUGCCAUGGCAUCCCAGACAGGAGACCGCUGCAGGAGGACGAUAUCCUCAACGUGGACAUCACUGUCUACCACAACGGUUUCCAUGGUGACCUCAACGAAACCUUCUUUGUCGGAGAGGUGGACGAAGGAGCAAAGAAGCUGGUUCAGACUACGUAUGAAUGCCUUAUGCAAGCCAUCGACUCUGUGAAGCCCGGCGUUCGCUACAGAGAGUUGGGCAACAUCAUCCAGAAACACGCUCAGGCUAACGGCUUCUCUGUGGUGCGGAGUUACUGCGGUCACGGCAUCCAUAGACUUUUUCACACCGCUCCCAACGUGCCGCAUUAUGCCAAAAACAAAGCUGUUGGAGUCAUGAAGCCGGGUCACGUGUUCACCAUUGAGCCCAUGAUAUGUGAAGGUGGCUGGCAAGACGAGACGUGGCCCGACGGCUGGACGGCGGUCACCAGAGACGGGAAGCGGUCAGCUCAGUUCGAACACACCCUGCUGGUGACAGAGACCGGCUGUGAGAUCCUCACCCGCCGCCUGGAGGAGAGCGGCCGCGCUCACUUCCUGAGCCAGAUGUAGGCUGGACCAGUGCACCACCAACUGGACUUCUCCAGACACAGCAACACGCAUAUUUGAAAUCUGACGGAACUGCUCGGAGAACUCGUGAACGCAGCUCUGAUGGUUCUUAGUUUCGUACUGGUUCCUCUUAACUAAAUGGAAGUACUUGAAUGUGUCUUAUAGAAGAUGUUGAUGCUUUAUUAGUUAAAGUCUUUAUCCUCUGGAGGAAAUACAAGAGUAUUUAUGAGAUUUGGUUUGUUUAAUAAAAACAGUUUGGCUGGUUGUUGUGCGUGGAGCUCAGAGCAAACCCGAUGAACGCAGCUCCACUUCCUGUCGGCCUCUGCUCACCUGCUGAGACCGGCAGGAAAGAAUCAGCGACGAGAAAACACAGAAGCGUUUCAAGAAAUGGGUCUCACAAGUUUCACAAAUUACAAACUCACAAUUUAGAUAAAAAUAAAUAAAUAAAUAACGUUUGAAGCAGUUACACGGUUUGAUGCUAAAGUUUUGCUAAAUGAACAGCAAUAAGUUACUCCUCACAGAUCACAUCCCGUUUGUGCUGAUUUGACCUGAUGAGAUCCAAAAUGAGCAUCCUGGUUGUGUUUUCAUCAGCAGCAGUGAGAACUGAUUUAAAGAUGUGAACUUGUCGGUCCGCUCCCAGAAACCCUCCUGUGGUGCUGCUCGUUUCCUGCAGCUCCAGUGUAGCAGAUUGAGCCCAAACACGUGAGUCUUGGAACUAAAACUUGUUGGUUAUCUAAAGCUUCACCUCACUCUGCCAUCACCGGUUUAUUUCAGCAUUUUCAGGUUGUUCUCUUUGUACUUCUGAUGCAGUAAUAAACGACUGUUCUGUAGCUCGGUGCGGCUCAGUUUCUCCUUGAAUUGAUCCCAAACGUGGCUGAAUGAACCGGCCUUCAGUCAAAGUGGGCGACAACAGAAGCUGAAGGCCUCCAGGGAGGACUAAGUCCACACCUGACGCAGUUUCUACUCCCACCUCGUUCUGUUGUGACUGUAACCUCACUAAAUAUCAGUUUCUUGUGCAAUCGUCACAAACAUGGCUGUGUCCUUGUGUUGGUUGAAACUGCAAUGAACUGGUAAUAAAAAUCCAGUUUGCUACCUUCUUACUUAGCUGUACUGUACAAUAUGAAGCAACAUAUCUAUAAAGGUAUUACAAAUAGCUGUUUUAGGAUCAUUUUAUUGUCUGAAAUUCCAUAAAGUUGAACAUUUUCUUUGGGUUUAAGCAAGAAAAGUGUUGAAUUCCUACAGUUUCAGAAAAUAAAGCACACAAACUUUAUACAU